AUACAACCGGCCCUUGGUUCACUAGGAACGGGCGAUGUUCAAAUGUCACGCACAAUCCACGCAUCACGCGUGGAUAAGUAUGUGUUUAGCAUGGCGAGCAAUAGAAAUGAUAAUAGUACUAUUCGUUGUCGUAAAAAUAUUGAAAAUACGCACUCAACACCAGGGGAAGUUGAAUCGGUGCCAAAGAGAACAUUCAAUACAAGUGAAACACGAUCAGAUCAUCGAGAAAAUAGCGUUUCAUCUGGCACAUACUGGCUCACGAGGAUUGUCUUUCUCCGCUCGCUGGCCUUUGUUUAUUUUUUUGCAUUCCUUGUGGCCUUAAACCAAAACAAACAAUUACUCGGAGAUGAUGGACUUCUACCAGUACCCAAUUUUCUUAACAAAGUCAGAAAUUACUUUGGAGGAACAUUUGGAUUAUCAACAUUCCAAGCAGUACCAUCAUUGCUAUGGGCUGUAAACCCAGCAAAUAUUAACCAAUAUUUGGAUAUGAUUGCAUACUGUGGAGCAUUAUUGUCAUUGUUUGUAUUCUAUACUGGUUGCUGUAAUAUGGUUAUUAUGCUUACAUUAUGGAUACUGUAUCAUUCAUUGGUCAAUGUUGGACAACUGUGGUAUUCUUUUGGUUGGGAGUCGCAAUUAUUAGAGACAGGAUUUCUGGCCAUAUUCUUAUGUCCUAUUUUGAAACUCCGUCAAAUCCCUGAACAGACGCCGACCUCGUGGGUAGUAAUCUUUGGCUACAGAUGGCUUAUAUUUAGGAUCAUGUUUGGUGCUGGAAUGAUAAAAAUCCGUGGCGAUCAGUGCUGGCGAGAUUUGACUUGUAUGAAUUACCAUUAUCAGACUCAACCAGUUCCUAAUCCGCUCAGUUAUUAUUUCCAUCAAUCGCCUGAAGUCUUUCACAAAUUUGAAACCCUCAGCAAUCAUUUCAUUGAGCUCGUUGUUCCUUGGUUCCUGUUGCUUCCUGGUCGGCUUACAGUCGUUUGUGGCUUUCUUCAAAUUAUUUUCCAGGUCGUACUCAUAUUCAGCGGUAAUCUUAGUUUCCUCAACUGGCUGACAAUCCUUCCCAGUAUAAUGUGCUUUGAUGACAAAGCACUCGCCUGGUGUUUCCCAGUCUCAUCGCAUGCACGAAGACAAGUGUGCAAACUACAGAAGUUACAUCUUGAUGGAAAUUCACGGAGGCCUUCAAAAGGUCUCCGAAUACGUUGGAUUAUGGACGUAUUUCUUGGUCUACUUUUGGCGUAUCUCAGCAUAUCAGUUGUACAGAAUCUAUUCUCAUCAAGACAAAUAAUGAACACAUCUUUUGAUUCUCUUCGUAUUGUUAACACUUAUGGUGCUUUUGGAAGUAUUACUAAAGAAAGAACAGAAAUCAUCAUUCAAGGAACAAGAAAUAAGACAAGUUAUGGCGACAAUGUUGUAUGGGAGGAAUAUGAGUUCAAAUGUAAACCUGGAAAUGUGAGAAAACGUCCAUGUGUUAUAUCACCGUAUCAUUAUCGUCUUGACUGGUUGAUGUGGUUUGCUGCGUUUCAGAAUUACCAAAACAAUCCAUGGCUUAUUCACCUUUCCGCCAAGCUUCUUGUAAAUGAUCCUGAUGCUACUUCACUAAUUUCACACAACCCAUUUAAAAAUGGUCCUCCACCAAGAUAUAUCCGUGCGGAACAUUAUCUUUAUGAGUUCACAAAGUUUGGCAGUCCAGAAGCCCGUGACGGCAAAUGGUGGUCAAGACGAAAGAUUGCAACAUACUUUCAUCCGUUUUCCAUGAAAGACAUAAAGGACUAUUUACGAAACCAGGGUUGGAAAAUCCCACGAAUCUAACCUCUAAUUUAUUUGCUCUUAAUGAAGUUAGUAUUACCAGCUAGAGAAGACA